ACGAGUUACAGUCGAGAACGGACGCAGUCAGUAACCAGUCCGCUCGAACUUCCAAGCGACCGCGUGGGGGACAUUGAGAGUGCAACUGGCUGCGCGUGCGCCGGCCCCACGUUGUUUACAAACAACACUCGGAUUUAUCUUAUUGGAAACGCUGUAUUUGAGCACGUGUGGAAUAUGAAAGUGUUUGCAAAAAAACUCGUCAAGUUAUUCAGAUAUUUUUUUUCGUACAAACCAAAUAAAUCGCUAAAGGUGCCGGAACAAGCAUCAUCAAAAAUGUCUGCUAUAAUUAUGGAUGCAUUAGAUUUGGAGAGGGAGUAUACGCCCACCAUUUGGUCGGACCGGUUUUCUACUUCCAAAGAGGUUUUGAACCAUCAUCUCCAUUUUGCUUCCACAGAGAGUGAAAUAGCGACAAAUAACAUUCCACAUAAAUUGGAGAUAGAGUACGGAUCAACGCCCGGACAGAAGCUGGACAUAUUAGGGAUCGACCUGGCCAACGACUCUCCAAUCCUCGUGUUUAUUCACGGUGGCUACUGGCAGGAACUAUCCCGCGAGAUAUCCCGGUAUCCUGCGCAGUCACUUCACCGUUCCAGGAUAAAGACGAUCGUCGUUGGCUUCGACCCGUGUCCAACAGCAACCAUUGCUGAAAUCAUCAAUCAGAUUCACAACGCUGCCAAAUUUAUCUUCGAGUAUGCUGAGAAGAUGGGAUCCAGGGGCGUAUAUUUCGCAGGCCAUUGUGCUGGUGCGUAUUUGGUUGCGAAGUUGUUCGCUAACGCCGACUUUCUUGACAACACCCCGGGCUCCCACCGGCUUCAAGGAGCGUUCUUAAUCAGCGGGCUGUACGAUUUACGGGAACUCGUACAUACGUCAUACAACAAAGUUCUGCAACUGCCGUACGAAUGGAGUGUACCGUUGUCGCCACAAUUUGACUGCUUUACUCACCUUCAAGCAAGAAAACUGCGUCUUUACAUUCUAGCUGCGCAGAAAGAUAGCUCGACCUUCAAAAAACAAUCGAGGGAGUUUUACGAGCUGCUUCAGAACACGUGUCUAAUACAGAACAUGUAUUUGGAGAUUAAGGACAACAUGGAUCAUUUCGAAAUCGUCGAAUGUUUUACGAAAGAUGGUAACUACAUGAGGAAUUUACUCUUACACGAUAUUCGUAAGCAUUUAUAAAUUUCAUGUGUUCAUUAUUUUUAAGACUGCGUGACCGCCGCUGUUAUAUUCUUAAAGUAUUCAUAUAUUAUAUUCGUGAGUGAUGUCGCAGUGAUAGAUUUAUCGAACGUUGUAAAAAUUUAUGGAUAUUGAAAUAUGGUAGUUUCGCUAGAUGUAUAAUUUUUACGAUUGAUUUUCAAUAAAAAAGUAUGUAUAUUAUGUAUCCAAAGAAAAAUAAGCUAGCGUGGAAUAAAAUGUUUGUAAGAGGUUAGAUACUCUUAGACUUUAGGCAUCAAAUAAAACUCUUAUCUGAUAAGAUAGACAUUGUUAAGCUGAUUGUUUAUGACUAUGUGCUGAUAUUCUUUAAAUGACGAUAAAGUUAUGGAUACAUACAUUAAUUACAUAAUAUAGCCGCAAUUGUUACAUUUAGAGGAUAUUAAGAGUAAGUUUGUUCAUUAAUAACUCGCCUUUUUAACCUAGGUAGGUAUUAAUGUUCGCAGUGCUAAAAUUAUUGUCGAAAUAGGUUUUGAAAAAUGUGGUUUGACCCAAAAAAGGAUUUUGUAUUUGUAACAACUCAAGGGUUAUCAUUAAAUGAUGCAAAAGCAAAAGUUAUUGAAUUGCAUUGUGCAUCUCAUGUCUAUAAAACAUUAUUAUGUGAAAAUUCAAAGUUCCUUCAUCUACACAGGCGGACAGUUCUGAAAACUCUUGUGGUACCGUAUUAUUUUAUAUGAAGUGGUUUACAAAGUACUAGUAGAUAAAAAGGUAUGCGGUAGCAUUAGGUAUCAGUUCCUGCAAGCCCACGAUGAUACGACUACUCGAAUUUUGAGCAGUUGUUUCAUUGUAUGUGACCAAAAUUUUGAGUCUUCCUUUUUCGUAGUAUACGUUUGUAAGAUUGUUGUCUGGAAAAGUUCCUCAUAGGGCCGCUGCAUUUAACUACAUUUAAUCAUAUUAUUGUAAAGACCACAAAAUAAUGUAAAUUUAAAAAAGCAUUCAUUUUUUGUAAAUACAUAUAGAUAAGUAUUUUAUAAAUUUUAUUAAUAAAUUUAAACAUGCACAUUGUGUAACAACGAUUUGAAUAAGAAUGUAAAUAUACACUUAAACAUGUUUAAAAA